ACACGCCACCGACUCCCCUGGGGGGGAUUAUAGGGGUCCCCACCCCGAAGGGACUCCCCCAGACACCCCAUGGUGGGAGUUACAGGGACCCCCACCCCAAAGAGACGCCAUAACCUCCCCAUGGGGUGUCUGGGGCGUGUCUGAAGGAGUCCCUUUGGGCUGGAGGGUCUCUAUAACCCCCCAAGGGAAGGCGGGGGGGUCCCUACAGACCCCCAAGGGGCAAUGUUCCUUUGUCACGUGAUACGGGCCAAGAUGGCGGCGCCCAUUGGGAGGCGGAAGCGGAAGUGGGUCCGUGGAGGAGCUGCCCGGUCGCUGCGACCUCCGCUGCCCCUUCUCCCCCCUUUUACCCCUUUAUCCCCCCCCCUCCCCACGAUGCUCCUGCUGCCCCUCAGUGCCCUCCUGCUCCUCCUGCUGCUGCUGCUGCUCCUGGAGUUCCCUCCCCGGAGCCCCCCCAGCUCCAACCCGGCAUUCCAGGAAUUCCAGCGGCGCUUCCACCUGGGAUUCCUGCCUGCCCUAGCAGCUGAUUGGCUGCAGGGGCCUCACCUGUUCCAGGUGUUCCGCAGUCGGGGCUUCCUGCAGACACAGAUCGCCGCCCUCUACUCACUGGGAUUCGCCUCCAACUUGGUGUUCGGGCUCUUCUCCCACUUUUUUGUGGACCGGCUCGGCAGGAGAAGGUCCUGUGUGCUGUUCUCAGUGCUCUGCUCCCUGUCCUGCCUCCUGCUGCUCUCCCGGGAUUUCCCAGCGCUGGCGGCAGGGCGGCUUUUGGGAGGCGUCGGCACCUCCCUGCUCUUCACCUCCUUCGAGUCCUGGUACGUCCACGAGCACCUGGAGCGCCACGAUUUCCCCCAGGAGUGGAUCCCAGACACCUUCUCCCGCGUGGCCCUUUGGAACGGGGUCGUGGCUGUGGCCGCGGGGGCUGUGGCUGAGCUGCUGGUGCUGGGGGGGGGGCCCGUGACCCCCUUUGUGGCAGCUGUGCCCUUCCUGGCCUUUUCUGGGAUUUUUGCCGUGAAAAACUGGGAUGAGAAUUAUGGAAAACACCGCUCCUGCCCCAAGGCCUGUGGGGAGGGGCUGCGGGGGCUGCGGGACCCCCCCGGGGCACUGCUGGGGGUGGUGCAGGCACUGGUGGAGGGCGUCAUCCUCAUCUUCAUCUUCCUCUGGACGCCCGUGCUGGAGCCACUGGGGAUCCCACUGGGAAUCGCCUUCUCAGGAUUUAUGGCAGCAAGUGCUGUGGGAUCAUCCCUAUUCCGCCAGGGGGUUGUGGGGGGGCUCCAGCUGCAGCCCCUGCACCUCCUGACGGGGUCCGUCGCACUCCUGGGGGUCUCUCUCCUCCUCCUUGCCCUCCCCGUGCCCCCGCCCGGCGCCUUCCUGGUGUUCCUGCUGCUGGAAUUCUCCUGUGGGAUUUACUUCCCAGCCAUGGGGUUCCUGCGGCGCCGGCUGGAGCACGGGGGGGCCGCGGGGGGGUCGCGGUGGCUGCGGGGGGGGGCACAGGGCGUGUUUGGGGGGGCGGCGCUGGCGGCGCUGGUGGCGCUGGGGGCAACCGGGGGGGUCCUGGCAGUGGCCCGGGGGGACCCGCGCCUGAGGGUGGGGGGGGAGGAAGGGGAGGGCGGGGUGGACACUGGGAUGUGA